CUUUUCGAUUCGCAAGUAUGAAGGACCGAUUGUCGUGGUCAAUGGUCAUUCUCAUCCUGCCAACAAUUUUACUUGCAACAUCACUUGACCGAGAGCGUCGGUUGCCGCACAGUCCACCGUCCGAGUGGAAGGCAUUGUGGUACAGUAAUCUCGAGGAGUUACAGCGAGCGAACGAGGCUAACGAAAACAACACCGUCACGAACGUGACUAUCCAGCUCGGUGGUACCGCCUUUCUACACUGCAAGGUUCACAAUUUAGCCGAUAGAAAUGGCGCCGAUACCGAAAUCUCCUGGAUACGCAGGCGUGACUGGCACGUACUUACCAGCUCGACGUUCACUUACACGAGCGACGAGCGCUUUCAGGUGUUGCAUCUUGAGGGCUCGGACGAUUGGACAUUGCAGCUCAAGUACGUGCAGGAGAGGGACAACGGUACUUAUGAAUGUCAGGUAUCCAGAAGUACAGGAAUACUAUCGCACUACGUCAACUUGAAUGUAGUAACGCCCGAGGCGUUCAUCCUCGGAGGCGAAGAGCAUCACGUCGACGUCGGUUCUAUCAUCAGUCUCGUCUGUAUUAUAGAAAAGAGUCCGUCGCCGCCGCACUAUGUCUUCUGGUACCACAACGACCGCAUGAUAAAUUACGACACGCCGAGGAGCAGCGUGAGCGUGCAAACGGAGCCAGGACCGUCGCAGAGCCGACUCACCGUUCACAACGCCGUCGAAUCCGACACUGGCAAUUACACCUGCAGCGCCUCCAAUACCAAAUCCGCUUCGAUCUUCGUUUUCGUCACCGAGGGUGACAAAAUGGCAGCGAUAUCACGUCGCAAAUCAACGGCAAGCUCAUAUCAAAGCAGCUACGCGCAAACUCUAGUGCUGUCACUCCUAGCCAUGGGCUUCCAAAUCCGAUAAACCAAAAGAAAAACUCGUGUGUGAAAAGCAAUUCGUUGAUCGAUAUAAUAACUACUGUAUAUUGCCAUUCUUUUCUUUUUUUUAUUCACCAGUCUAGACGAACAAAAGACAAAGGUACGCUUUUUUCUCUCGCUGGUGCAAGUGUUUUUUCCUCGGCCGUGAGGUGUGGAUGUGGGUCACAACGCAUAUCCGUGUCAGCAGCGUUGCAACUUCAAUUUUUCGAAAUCCCGGAAUAACGAGGACUUAUUCGCAUUGUGUGCGAGCACCCGUAAAAGUUCGCGAUAUCGACAGAUUUCAGAUUACGACUGAAUUCUCAUGUUGCGUCUGUGUAUACGCGUGAAUGGGAUUGUGUAAAUAUCUUCGCCUGUGUAUUAGAAUAGAUAAUUAUUAAAUAUGCUAGAUGAUGUAUGAUGUUUAUUAUGAUAUUUACCUAAGUACCUGCGUGUGCUUAUAUCUAAAGGAAUUUUUUUUACCUAAAAAAAACAGAUUAGUUUGGCAGUUUGCAUUGAUGCAUUCAGUACAACAUUUCGUUUGAGUGAUCUUUUAACUUUUCAUACUAACGUGCAAUACUUUCGUGUGCCCAUUAAAAAUGCGAUUACAAAGCCAGAAAAUUCAACGAGAGAAUGCGCUUUCGAACCCCUCCUCCCGCCCCCCUAAUUUUUUCGACUAAACUCGAUGAAGGCUCUUUAUCACUUUUUCAACGUUUCUCCUUUCUUACCUUUUAAUGGGAAAAUGAAUAUUUAAUUCUGUUUUUGCCGAAACCUAUCUACAUUAUUUUUUAUUUCAUACACUGUACAAAAAACAAGAACAUACGAAUAAAUAUUUGUUUUUAUUAAACUACUUCGCGUGUCUCGGUAUUUUUUUUCAAUCACUUUCCCCGCGAGAAUGAAAAUUUUUUAUUGUAUUCACACCCCUUUCAAUCUUUCUUUGUUUCAUCGGGUAUCAAUCAAUAUGUUUUUCAAUCAUCAUGCAGAAAAGUUGAAUAUUCGGAAAACCGAAAAUACAUAUUUUUUUUUUUGUACUGUCUUCCUUCUUUUGUCUUUUUUUGGAAUAUUUUUGUGGUGGCAAUCGAAAUCCUGGAUUGCAUUGACAUUGACAAACGUCUCUUUUUCGAAUGUUUAAUAUUCAUAGAAAAAUCGAACAUCCCGCAUAUGACGAAUAACACGAAUAUGUAAAAAAAUGAUCAAUUCACAAAGGUUAUUUAUCAAAUUGAGCUAGCCUUCAAUUGUUAUACCUUUCAAAGUGUUUUAGAAAUAACAUUUUCAUUCAUAAUUUUUAACAGAAAAAUUUCAAUCUUUUGAUCGUAUUAUAUAGCUGCAAAGGCCUUUUGAAAGUAUAAUGAUAAUUUUGCAUUUAGCAAAAAAAUAUAAUAAGAAUUGUAAAUAACUAAUUAUGAACUUCCUCUAUCUAAAAAUAUAAAGUAGAGUAUUUAAUGUGAAAUGUGAAAAAACGAAAGAUUGUUUCUUUUGAAACGAAUGAGAUAAACUGACCAGAAAAGCUGUCUAUUAAACCGCAUUAAAAACUUCAUUAAAUUUGAAUAUCAAACCUGAAUAUAACAAUCAAUAUAAAUAUUCUAAAAGUUAUCACUUGUAAAUAUAAAAUAACAUUCUAUGUGACUGCACCAAUAUUCCUAUGAGGCCAUUUUUCUGUGAUCCCAAAAUGCUUCGUUUAGAAUUAUUAAAUGUUUAUAUACUUUUAUUUUGAAAAAUCUUCGACUAUUAGUGAAGAUGUACAUUGAAUCCAUUUAUAAGUACGGACUAAACUUAUUGGCAAUGUAGUCUAUGUAUUUAAAAAAAAUAAUGCUCAUAAAUUUUAUUCUUUUAUACUUAUAACAAAAUCAAUACCUGCGUAUACGAUUUUAUAUGUAUUUGAAAACUUUAUUGUCAAUUAAGUUUAAUAAUGUGCCUACAUGUGCGUAUAUUAUAUACAUAAAAUAUUUCCUAGUAGAAUGACUCAAGUGUCUGACUUAAAACUUAGAAAACUUCAGCAGCAAAAGACUGCUUUUUAUAUUCGAGGGAUUCUUGAAAAGUUUAUUACAGAUGUGAUAAAUUUUUAUUGAAAAAUUAUAAAAUUUAAUGUCUGAAUAGAAUAACUGUUUCGCUUGUGCUUUGUAAAAUAUGGUGUCAAAUAACUACACAGACUUUUUUCUAAAAUAUAUGAAAACUUUAAUCAGUGUUACAACGGAUGAAAUUGUAUAUUUGAGAUUCCACGACCUAUAAAAUGAUGAUUUUAGUAUGAAAUGUUCAAUGCAUAAACAAGAUAGUGCGACUAACGAAAAGCGAAAUGCAAUAAAAGAAAAGAAAGGAAACGUGAUUACGUGGAAACAACUCUACACUUUCUUUCGACCCGAACGCCCGUCUAUAAAUUCCGCAGAAAAAGUCGUCAAAGUAAUCUUCAUCAGCGCGUCAGUGGCAAAAAAAAAAGACUCAUAAAUUUGAAAACAAAUCACUCUCUUAACCCCGUCAUUCCGAAUAAAAAUAUAGCCGAAACUUGCUAGCCAGGACUGGCAAGAAAAACGAGAGUUUCGUGGCAACGUUGCAUCGUAAAGCUUGCAAAGGCCGGCAACGACGUUAUUACGCCUGCUAAAAGCGCAUAACGUAAAUUACUUUCCGCGAGUGGCUCCAACGGUAAUUAGGGAUCGUUUUAGUGCGUAGCAGCGCCAGCAGCUCGCUCGCUCUGCAAAAUGUACAUAUACGAGCGCGCCAACUUUCAGGGCUAUGCUACACGCCGAAAUAACGUCGGACUUUAACUUUUUGCUAACCCGAUUGUUUCCCAAAAAAGGAAAAAGGAAAUAAAAAGUCAAGUCCGCUGUCGCCGUGUUAAUUCGAUAAUAGUUUCUCGCGCGUACUUGUUUCGACUCCCCGAAAGCAAACUCUUCGAUUUCGUUUUUCGACACACCGGCUGACGCCAAGUUGUAAUGAAAUUUGUAUUAUUAGGUCGCGCGUGAGACAAAAGUGAGAGCGCGAACACUAAACUCGACGCAAGUCGCGAGAAUUUUCCCGUUGUGUAAACUUUAGAUUGGUUUCAACGACUUGUAUACAAGCUUGUUUCUUGCCCGACGCGGUCUUACAUGAAAGCACCCUUUUUCAUCCAAGUAUAGAUCGAGUCGUUGAGUUUGAAAAUAAUGGAGCUUAAAAAUAAAACAACUUGUCCGCCAUUACGAGCCGUUAAUGCGAAAGAUACCUUUCUUUUAGAGGUGUAUGCGGGUUUCUCUAUUUUGCCGCGAACUCAAUUCGAUUUCUUUUCAUAGUCGAUUGAACUGCAAAGACUGCGCUAAUUACACUUUUUUUUUAAUAACGAUAAUAAAUGCAAUGAAUUCGUAUAUCACAGAAAACACUUAUACAAGAAAUCAUCAAGUGUUUAAGAAAAAAAGCCCCCGAGAAAAAUGGGAACUCUUCAAUCGCAUCUCCACGGCUACGUCGCGAGGGAGAAAUAUUCAGCACGGAAGGAAGUCCAAUAAGAAAGGAAGUAUAGGUCAAACGCGGAAAAACAAAUCCAUGUAUUAUAAAUAGCGAGUGCGAAGAGAAUAAUGAGAGCUCCCGUGAGUUGAAUUCAUUACACGCGAGCGAGCAGAGCGGCUUUUGUUUUUCUAUAAAGCCAUUGAUUACGGAACGAUGGCUGCCGCCCCCUCUAAAGAGGACUCUACUUUUUUGUUCCACGCCGCGUCACUUGCUUUUUUCCCCUCCCGCCGACGGAUUCUCUUGUUCGGAUUGACUUUUAUUUACGCUCGCAGUUUUCAUGUCAUAACGUUAUAUACUCGCUUUCAAUCCCCAACAAUGAUUGCGCGCGACUGUGCCCCGCGAGAGCCUUUUGCUUUAUGCCUUUAUGCCUGUGCUUGCGCGAUUUGUAAAAAGAAAAAAAAACAAACUUUUUCUUCACUGGAAAUGCUUUAGCUGGAAAUACAUAUAUCUAGUUGCAUUUGUAGGCUCGUUCAAACCGACACGGUUAGUUUUGUUGAAAAACUUUUUUUUUUUCGUUAAUAAUUUUAUUAAAUAUGUAUUUUGUAAUAACGAAUUUCGUAAUUUUUGCAAAAUUUAAUUACGCGUGAGUGUUACUCUUCCAGAAUGAAAUUAUAACGUAAUUAAGGCGUCUGAUACUGACAUCGAAUUGUCAGAUAACGAAGAAAAUUAAUUGAAAAAACUAAUAAUUCCAGAUAUAAAAAACGUUCAAAAGACGCAGUUAUCCUUCAUUAAAAAUUUGUAGCAAAAAAAAAUGUAAUACUCGUCAAAAUUAUUCUCGAGCAAAAAAAUAAGGCGCUUGUCUCAAUAUUAUUUGAAUCACAACGUUAUAUAGACUAAAGAAGCACUCAAAGCUUGCAUAAUUCAAAAAGCUUCUUUUACACCCCGGUAAAUCGGCCAGUUAAUCUUUGCUUUUUUGUUCGUCAAUUUCGCUUCACGCUCACAAUGAAGGUAACAGAGUUCACCUGUAAUUCAGGCCGAGAAAAACUCGGUCAUGCGCGCUGCGGCUCGUUACACCGAAACGACUGCUUUCUUUCGAUAGACUAAACGAAAAAUUUCAUGCACCUCGAUCAAAAAGAACAAAAAAACCCCAGCUGACAGGUAAACCGACGAACGCGCAACAAGAGCAAGAUUGCUUUUGCGAGAGUGAGUGAAAGAGAAGAGUGACAGUAAAGUCUAUGCCUGCAGGGUCUUAAUAUGAUCGUUUUGUUAUACCGAGCAUGAAAGUGUUACGUGCGUGCAUUAAUCAGAUCUUUUUUAUUUUUGAAAGACGACUUUUCUAUCAACCUAAAAUAUGAACGCAUAUGCCAAUUGCGAGUGUCAUCGCUGUAAAAAGAUUCUGCAAGCAGCAGUUUACGACUGUAAAUGGAUUAUAUAUGCACUGCUGCUCGCACUAUUCUUUGCCGACAUUACGCAUGUUAUCAUCUCCAUAGAAUUUGUUAAUAUUACGAUCGAAUAAUGUAAUUGU